AUGAACCAUUAUGAAAUACCACGGCAACCACCAUCAAUUUCUCUUCUGCUAACGUUAGAGAAGAAUUCUUCUCAAAUCACUUUGCCAACUCAACAAAAGCAAGUGCCCGAAAUGACAACAUCAUCGACACCUAGACCACAAUCGCAAAAUGCAACGCCGAUUGACUGGAAAUCGCGUUAUGACAUUCUACAAGCGGAACAUAAACUCGAAUGCGAACGCAUUCGUCUUUAUUAUGAACAACAGUUACAAGAACGGGUUACAGAAGUCAAAACACGACUACAACGUGAAUACGAACAACAAAUCUCCGACUAUCGAGCUCGACUAAUCGAACAGCAACGAUUGACAGAUAAUCUGAGUUCGAGUAGUCUCGGUCUAGAUCACAGUUAUGGCGAUCAAGUACGAGAGCAAGUACGUCUCGCUGAGGAACUCGAUCGUAUCGAUGAUGAACGUCGACAAACUUUAAUGAAGCAUGCAACUAAUAACGAUGAAUUGCAGCAUCUUGUCAAUAAACUACACACUGAAGGUGUGCAUGUUUUAACAUUGAGUGAACUUCUUGCCUUACGAUUAAAUGGUAUCAAUAUCCAAACAACUGGAGAUUCGGUUGAAUCUCUACAAAAAUUGCACGAAGAGAAUGUUCAUCUUCGUACACUUAUUGCUAACAUGAACAAAAAUGGACACGCUGAUCAAUUGAUAAAAGAUUUAGCAAAUGUCUUCCGUUGUGAACAAGAACGUCGACUCGUCGAAGUACGUCAACAUCCAAACUUCGAUCUUCUCGAACAAGAUAUUAAUACCAUGGGCGAAUAUCAACGUGAAGCCUUAGAGAAAUUCUUCUCCCAAGAUCGUCUUUCGCCAUCGAAGAAAUACUAUUUGAAAUAUCUGCGUUGUGAAAAUUAUCGUAAAGCUCUAAUCUACCAAAAACGUUAUCUUCUUAUUCUCUUAACCGGUUAUGCCGAUACAGAAACGUAUGCUUUGAAUGAAAUUCGUCGUUUGACCGGAGACAUACGAGCGAAUGCUUAUUCACAUUCGUAUCAAUCCGAUCGAAUGAAAUCGAUUCGUAAACAAUCGUACCAUCGACGUUUAUUCGAUCCGCGUUUUCGUUUUCGAUGUUAUGUUCGAACAGUGAUUGUUACCAUUCGCAUGCGUUGUUUAGUUCGAAAAUGGACAAAAACAGUUGCAUCAAUAAAAAUAGAUCGAUAUCUUCGACAUUUAUUGAUUCAUCUCGGCAGGAACGGAGACUAUUUAAAUCGAUGCAUACGCAUAUGUGUACUCUUCGCUGCUGUACAUGGUCUUUUUGGAAAGAGUUCAGUGAAAAAUGCCGUCAAAUAUCAACUUCAACAAAAAGUUCUUACACUUGGGUCAUCGUAUACUGUUAAAGAUGAUAAAGGCAAUUCAGUUUAUAAGAUUGGAUUUAAACAACUUGGUCUCGGUAAACAUCUGCAAUUAACUGAUGUCAGCGGUCAAAAGGAAUACUACGCAAUUAAACAUAUCCUCAAUCCACUCGGAUUAGCCAAAUAUGAAAUUCGCCAGAACAAUCAAGUUGUUGCCGAUGUUAAACGAAAAUUGAAUCUUAUCGGUGGCAAGAAGUUUUCCGUUAAAUCUAAAUUCGGUGAUUACAAGAUCGAAGGCAACUUCCGUUCGCGUGAAUUCAAGAUAAAAAAAGACAGACGUCUCGUUGCUACAGUCUCCAAGAAAUUCUUCUCUAUUGGAGAUAAAUACGGUGUCAAGAUUGAAUAUGGUCAAGAUCAACCAUUCAUCCUAGCUUUAGCCAUUGUUAUCGAUGAAGUUGCUCAUGGUUAA